AUGACAUUUCUGAAAUUUUCCACUCAGUUAGGAUGGCGUUUUAUCGACGCUGAUGAUUUACAUACAGUCAAAAAUGUUGAAAAAAUGUUAAAAGGAGUGCCACUUAAUGAUCGAGAUAGGUACCCUUGGCUCUUGUCAAUUCAUCACCUAAUGAAACAAGCUUGCCAUGAAAAUUCAGACAUAAUCAUUGCCUGCUCCGCUUUAAAAAAUUCAUACAGAAACAUUCUAAUUAGUAAAAUUACAGAAGACAAAACAAGUAGUAAUAACAGUAGUUUAGAAAAUGUAAACCUUUGCAAAUCCGUAAUUUUCUUUCAUUUGCAAGGUAGUAUAGAGUUGAUUGGUGAAAGAGUUUCAAACAGGAAAAACCAUUUCAUGUCAGCUAACUUGCUACAAUCCCAAUUUGACACUUUAGAACUGCCUACCACUACGACUGAUAACAAUGUUGCUAAUCAGUUUGAAUACGUGUGUAUUGAUAUAUGUGAGAGUCCUACCGAAAUUGCUUCGAAAAUCAUCAACCAUUUAACGGUUAGUAAAGAAUGA